GGUUGAGUCGCUGGCUGGCCGGCACUGGCAGAUUGAAUUUGCAGCUGAACAGUCGAUCCGACUUGCUGACCUGGCACAGGGCCCCAUGCAAUGCUGGGCAUCCAUUUGACAUUUUGCAGACCAAGACAGGGGGAGAGCAGCUUGGCGUUCUUGAUGCUUCAUGGCCAUCUCCCAGUGUGCCGGCCUGCAGCUGCCUUCCCUCUCCAGCUGGCCGCAGGCCCAGGCAGGGGGGCCUGUGCCGCUCAAUGAGGACAGCGCGCGGCACUGGUGGCGGCCAAGGAAAGAGCUCAAACAGGGGAGGAAGGCAGGGGCUGUGCAGGUCCCAAGAUGGCAGUGGCAGUCGCCCGGGGAAGGGAGAAGAGGCUCCUGCCGUCGUUGUAGGUCUCGGGACAGCCCCCAAACUUCGCAAUUGCGGCCCAACAGUGCGGACUUGUAUCAGCCACUGAUGGUCGAAUCGAGCUCGCCGGCAGACGAUGGCAGCCCCAGGAAGGCACUACGAGUUGUCCCGGAAGCGGCUGUGCUGGGGGCCAGCUUGCUGCUGCUGCUGGCGCCAGCGGCAUGGGCGGACGGGGGCGGGGGAACCGACACGGGAUGGGCCGCCGCGGUGGGGGAGGCGCUGUACGCACUGGGCCAGAACGCAAACGCUCUGGUGCAAGGCCAGAUUCAGGGGGGGCUCACCCUCACCAGUGGUGCCGUCAUCCUGGGCGCUGGCCUGGUGACCAGCCUGUCCCCGUGCACCCUCAGCGUGCUCCCCCUCACCAUUGGCUACAUCGGUGGCUAUGACCAGGGCCGCUCGCGCGCCGCCCUGGUGCGCGACGCCGCGGCCUUCUCCCUGGGCCUGGCCACCACGCUGGCCGCGCUGGGCACGGGGGCGUCCCUGGCGGGCAAAGCGUACGGGCAGGUCGGGGCAGGGCUGCCCAUCGCGGCGUCGCUCACGGCCAUGCUCAUGGGCCUCAACCUUCUCGAGGUGUUGCCGCUGCGCUUCCCUUCCUUCCUCGGCAACGUGGACGCGCGUGAGCUGGCGGCGGGCCUGCCCAGCAGCGUGCAGGCAUACUUGGCGGGCCUCGUGUUUGCGCUGGCCGCAUCGCCCUGCAGCACGCCCGUCCUGGCCACGCUCCUCUCCUAUGUGGCCACCACGCAGGACCCUGUGGUGGGCAGCGCGCUGCUGUUCACGUACACGCUGGGCUACGUGGCCCCGCUGCUGGCGGCGGCCUCCUUCACGGGCGCGCUCAAGCAGCUGCUCGAGCUGCGCAAGUUCUCCGCCUGGAUCAACCCGGCCAGCGGGUGCCUGCUGCUGUCCGGGGGCUUGUACACCUUCCUCCUGCGGGUCGUGCCGGCUCAAUAGUGCGCUACAAAGCGGAGCACGCCCCGUGGCUCGAUAACCACACCGUUCGUGGAUAUUUCAGAGUCUGAUUCAGACGAACUGGGGCUUGCCCUUUUCACGGGCCUCUGCUUCUUGAACAUGUAUAAAAGCACGAGUGCGAGCCAGCGCUGUCUGCGCUCUGAGCCUCGUUAACGGCAGCGCAGAAAAGCGAGGAGAUGCGCUGGUUGCGGUCUAGCAUCAAAUCACGGCCUACGGUCCACAGCGGAGCUCUACUCGUGGACGGCUGAAAAGUUGGUAGAACUUCGAUCAGCCUACCUGAGGCUUUUCACGAACCUGAGACUUGGAACAAGCCAUGUGAACAAGCGUACAGCCAAUCGUGCUCUGCAGCUUGUGGUCACGACAUCUUGUCCGCCCAAGGCCUGCCCUGCAUCCAGUGUGCUCGAGGACAUGCGAUAAGCAGGCAGGCAGCUGUCUGAGAACUAUGAACUAUGCCUUUGUAUGCAAAAGCAGAAAUGAAGUUCCUUAGUGACGCGACAUGUGGAUUCCACAGCAGGCUUGUUACUGACACACCGCACAUA